AUGGUCAUUUGGGACUGGAUUGAGGUUUGGUACGGAAAGAGGUUGCGAGCUUACGAAGAAUACGAUGCCGAGCGAGGCGGUGGUACUUCAUGUGAUGGUAUCGGAUCGUGA